GGGAAAUGUAGUUGUCUCCGCCUCACGUAAACUUAAUAAGAAACUACACGCUAAAUAAGCAACGUUUUGGUAGCGAAAUUGAUUUGUGGCGCUAGAAAUGAAUUCAGUUUCAGGUACCCAGCGUGAAAAUAUCAGCAGUGCUUGUCCAAAUAUACUUAACGAAAUCAAGACUGAUCUCCGAUUGUUACUCAAUUGUAUGAAGUACCAGAUGAAAUGUCCAGACUCACAGAAACAGGCUCUACUUACCAUUGUUUCAAUCUGUCAACAGAACAGGCAGAAUGUGGAGUUCUUCAAAGAAAUUGGAGGAGUGAAGUACAUCUACAACCUCUCCAGGUCCAGCCAUUACUCUGCAGUUAAAGAGACAGCUCUUUUCACACUUGGUUCCUUGGCGGAGGUUAAUGAGAGCUGUAAGCAGGCCCUCUGUACAAUGGAGACGUUCACUGGCCUGGCAGAAUGCAUGAAAGCUGAAGAGUCCUCCACACAAAAGAGAGUGACAGUCUAUUUGCUUUGUGUAUUGGUUUCCAACAACAGACUGGGGCAGAGCCUUGCAAAGGCUUCAGGGUGCAUUGAUAUUCUGCUUCAGUUAUUGAGGGAUUGUUUUCCAGUGUCUGGUGGGCCUAAUGAGCUGCUCCCAUUGUGGACUUCAGUGUCCAGUGCUCUUUGUGGCUGUGUCAACAACCCCCAAAAUGAGGAAAACCAGCAUGUUUGCAUGUGUGUGUUCCCCCUGGUAAAUGCAUGGCUGCUGCAGGUGUCUGUAUCCAAGGCAGAGCUGGCACAACCCAUCUGUUCAUUUAUCAGCAUGACUGUUGCCAAUAACACACAUGCUCAAGAGUACUUUGCAUCAGUUGGAGGGCUGGUUACGCUCACCAACACAUUGGCCAGUGUGGUGGCCCAGUGCAGAAACAAUGCUACGGCCUGCAAGCUUGCUGCUAUGAUCACCCGAACACUUUCUGCCUGCAUUGCAGACAAUGAAGCUUUAGCACCUGUCCUGUCUGAGCUGUGGGUGGUUCCAGACCUCCUCCUGCUGCUGUCUAGCCCAAACCUCAAUCAGCGGGACCAGCUGACUGUGGUCUUGACCCUUGGACAAUGUACUGAUGCUUGUGUGGAACAUCAGUCACAGCUGCUGCUGGGUGGAGGGCUUCCCCUGAUGAUCUCACUGCUGACUGAUACAAAUGAUGAGGAAGUCAGAAAGGCAGCUAUUUUUGUGCUACAUACCUGCAAAAAGAUCACGGAGUCAUUGGGUGGAGACACACUGGAUCAGAACAAGGAGUGCGACUUGCAGAAACACUGGCAGUCAGCCCUGGAAAUACUACAGAGAAUCCAGCGUCUAGAAAAGGGACAGCUGGCUUGUACGGAGGACGAGCGUUGGGGGAAGUAUAUGGAAAAUUCUCCAGAUCGGCACACACAGUCAGUUCUGUUGAGGCCAGCUUGUCCUGCGGAAUGUGAGGAGGAAUUGUGGGAGGGCUCAGUGGUGCGAAAGGUGAAAGGUCGAAGCAGUGUAUAUAAGGAGGAGUCAGAUGGAGAGAACAUUCUGCACAUAAAUACGACCUCUACACAACCUCAGGAUCGGCCAGUCACAACCCAGAGAAUGCAAAACCUUGAGCCUAUGCGGCACGUUCGAAGACAGAUCUUCAGAGACUUUGAUAAGUCACUGAGCUCUUCCCAAAUGAGAGAUGAACCACAAGAUCUGAGAGGACCAGUGAGGGCAGAGAAAAAAAAGAGUGAGCUACAAAUGAGAAGACAGCAAGAGAUGAAAAAGAGAGAUGAAAGAGAGGAGACUGUGAAGAUGAAAGCUCACUGCAGCAGAAGCAGAAGGACAGACACAGGCACAGUUGAUUGGCCUAAUGGAAACUCUGAAAAAGUCACAUGCACCAAGUCUCCAGCAGAAGGCGACAGAGGCAUGAAAAGCCCAGAUAUUUUCAGACAUCCUGCUCCCAUGAAGCGACGCCAGCAGAGACAGGCUCCCUCUGAGGAUGAACUGUCUCUGUGCUCUGAGCUACUGGAGAGUGAAAUUGAGAGGAUCCUCAUCACUCCAGCUGUUCCCAAACCCAGCAAGCUACGCUGUGCUGCUUGUGUGAGAGGAAAGGAUGAGGUGGACAGUCGUUCAUUGGGGGCUGUGGUGCGCAGCUGCAGAUGCCUCUGCGAGUUUCACCUGGUUCUGCAGCAGGCUGAGGAUGACUAUAAGAAAAGUCUGCGUCGUGGGCGUGCCGUGCACACAGUCAUAAAUCUCACCCCACUGAAGAGGCCAUGUGAAACAGAGGAGUCAAACAUGGAGAAAAGAAAUGUUUCCAGUCUUAGUAAAACACUUGAGGAUGGCAAAGAGACUUGUUCAGACAUUCACAAAAAAAGGAGGAACUACUCUGUAGAUGAGCUGGGCUUCCUCGAUGAGGGCGUGAAGCGAUUUGGUAACUCCUGGAACUCCAUACUCUGGGCUUACCCCUUCCAGCAAGGACGGACUAAUGUAGACCUGGCCAAGAAAUACAGAAAGAUUAAGCAGGGCUUAGCUCAGGCACCGGACCUUCUAACACUGGAUUCUGCUGAACAAAGAGUUCAUUAGACAGGCGACAUGGUCUUUGCAGUUCCAGCACUUGAGUUGAAUUUUACAUUUUACUGUUUAUAACAGUUUACUGAUUGUUUGCAAAGUUUCAGUUGUGAUUAUUUAAAAACAUAUUUUACGUUUAAUUGUUAGUAAUACUAAAUGUCUUCAUAUUGAAAAAGGAAAAGAAAUGAGAUGGGUUUUUUUUGGACAUGGAAGAGUGUUCGUAAUUCGAGAGAAUAACUUAUUGAACUUUAUUUGAAAUAAAGUUUCCCUAAUGGGUUUCUUGAA